UUUUUCUUUUUGGGUGGGCGAUCGAAGGUCUGGACGAUCACGUUUGUGUCAAUAUUGACCCUCUUUACUUAUCCUCUCGAACAACGUAAGGAGCGGGAGCGUCCACACCCCCUCUGGCGCACGAUGGCGGUGACGAUGACUUCCAGUGGUCAUGAACUGGAUUCAAAGAGGCGAGCAUGGGUCACUCUGUUGACACUGCCGAGCUAUGUUCCAGCCGUGUUGACCAUGUGGAGGACUCUGCAACCGUUGACGAUCUAUCCCUUGAUCAUUCUCACCACUUCAUCCCUUCCUCAAUCUUCUCGGGAUAUUCUUAAACGAUACGAUCUGGAGAGUUUGGAGAUUGAUCAUCUUUCUCCGCCUUCCCAUAAAGGGUUCGAAGCCAAGUUUGCGCGAUUCACGGAGACCUGGACAAAACUCAGAGCCUUUGGAUUGGAACAAUUUGAAAAACUGGUCAUGAUCGAUUCGGAUGUCUUGUUCCUUCGCUCCAUGGAUGAGAUCUUCGAUAUCGAUCUGCCGGAAGGUUGGGUAGGAGCUGCACCAGCAUGUGUUUGCAAUCCGUUCAAGAUCCCAUACUAUCCGAAAGAUUGGAUUCCCGAAAAUUGCGCUAUCAACCGUCAAUCUCGCUACGCUACACCAUCGGAUAUCCCCAUUCCAGAUCCAGACGGUCCCUGGCGAGUCCAUCAACUCAACUCUGGCGUAGUCCUCUUUGCACCUUCGAAACAACACGCCGAAACCCUCGAAAAAUUCAUCCAGGAAUCUCCCAUCGUACCUACCCUUACAUUUCCAGACCAAGAGACACUGUGCCAUGUUUACAAAGGCAAAUGGAAACCUCUGCCUUGGUGGUGCAAUGCGCUCAAGACGGAGAGAGCGGUCCAUCAGGAUCAAUGGGCGGAUAAAGAGGUCCGUAUGAUCCAUUACAUUCUCGACAAACCAUGGUCCGCUAGACCUAAAAUGGUGGACGAAAUCCUUCCUCGUUUACCUCUCACGCCCGUGUCAGCUCUCAAUUCUCCGGUCCUCGCCCCAAAGUGGUCUUCAUUGCCUCUUGACUUGAUGGCUUUCCUGCCAGAAACUCCCGCGCAAAAGGGCGUGACAGAGUAUGACGAGGUCCAUACAUGGUGGUGGCUUGCGUAUGAGGAGGUAUUGAGUGAGAUGAAGUCGGCAGGGGAUGCAAGUGGAUGGAGAGAGGUGGAAAAGUACGUGACGAGGUGAGAGACAAGGUCGCUGGAGUCUCGGCACCAAGAAUCGCUAUUCUUCUGGCAGUCAGAGAACAACGGAUAGGAGGGUUGAGACCUCGCGAGGCACAAAUUGGGUCUCACACCGACUCGGACACAUCGUGUCAUUGUGAAAGUCGGCAAAGCUGAACCU